AUGAAUUUGAAACCAGCUAAUCGUCCUGACACUAUUUCUAGAGUUUUUAUAAUGAAGUUCAGUGAGUUAUUGUGCGACUUGACCAAGAAAGGCGUGAUGGGAAAGGUUCUUGCAUAUAUGUAUACCUUUGAGUUUCAAAAUAGGGGGUUGCCUCAUGCCCACAUAAUAAUUUUUCUACACCCAUCCAACAUAUAUCCGAAUCCAGCUGAUAUUGAUAGGAUAAUUUCUGCUGAAAUUCCUGAUGGAGAAACUGACACUGAAUUAUAUAACUUGGUUAAGUCCCAUAUGAUACAUGGGCCAUGCGAUGUUGGUAACAAAUCAGCGCCGUGUAUGAGGGGCGUAAAUGUUCCAAGUAUUUUCUAA